AUGGUCGUUCAUGGCCCUCCUACUACUAUGACAUUUGCGACGACAGACAGUGGCGGUGAUGCCAACGCAGCGUACGAAGUUCAGUGGGCUGUCGAUAGCGCGUUUACAAUCAAAUAUACAUUAGUUGUGACGAUCGUGAAAGGUAUGAGUGCGCCGUAUCGUCGCGUUGUAUCCUCGUUGGUUAAAGGUACAACCUUUUUCUUUCGUAUACAAACUCGAAAUUCGCUAGGGUAUGGGCUAUUGCAGCAGUCUUCACCGACAAAAUUGCAGCCAUACGAGACUCUUAGUGCACCAACACAAGUGGCGCUGGGUGUAACUGGUGCUACGAUGCUAACUGUAUCCUAG